AGCCUGAAACUUCUCCGCAACCGCAACCGCCACCACAGCAAGUCUUCUCACAAAGGCAGUUCAAUACGUUUACUGUUCCUGCGCCAGUCAUUGGAGGUCAGCAACCUUUUCCUUAUUACCCACCGGGAACUAUUGUGCAGACCGCAUGGAUAGAUUCAAGACAGCAGUUUUUCCACCAGAAAUGAUCCCAAGUUCACCAAACUUCGUCAAACCAAUCACCAUAACUGGACCAAGGCCUUUCUUUGCCACCACAAAACAACGUAUGCAGACAAAAACAUUCUUCAAAGCGGACAACGCUGAUCGACUUUCAGAAAAAGAUGACCGACCAUCAAGUAACAACAUGAGCAACAACAGCUCACGGAGGCCUGCGCAAAAUCACCGCAAUGGAGGAGGCAGCAACUAUAUACAUAAAGAUAAUAAUGAUUCCUAUUUGCGCCGUAUGUACCCAGCGAGAAACAAAAGAGAAGAGGUUGUGCCGCGUUUCCAGCGGCUAAGGGAAAGAGAACGCAGACAAAUGGAACAGAAUUCUCUGGAAAAUGUCAUUAAUAACUUGAGUAUCGACCUGGCUUCAGAGCAUUUCCCGGCCCUGCCUAGUCCCAUUUCGCCAAACGAGAAGUCUUUGCAGACGGCGACUCUGAAGGAUUUGGCAACCAAUGCUCUUCAUCAGGCCGAAUUGGUUCAAGAAAUCAAGGCUGAAAAGGUUGAUGAAACAACCAGUGAAGUUGCUCAAAAUGGACAGGCAUCUUCCCCUCCACCCCCGUGCAGGACACCACCUCCUUCGGAGAACAACCAAAGUCUAAAACCAAGUUACGCGCAGAUGGCGCAGAAACCUAUUCUCAAGGUAACAGCUGCAUCAAAGUCUCCUACUGAGGCAUCAACCGGAAAGGAGGCCAGGAAGAAUUCAACCAAAGAUGACGCGCAAAAUGGACAGAAAAAUGCCAAAAGCAGCUCACAAAAAUCGAGUGCUGAAGAAAAAGACACACAGAAAAAAGACUCUGAUAGCUCAGAUAAAUCAGGGCUGUCACCCAAACCGCAGAGGCAGCCGCGGGACUCGCGCAUUGCAUCAGAUUCAAAGAUUAACCAAAAAUCCGUUAGCAGUGGAACUAGAAGUAACUCGUAUAGUGGGCAAUUGAGUGCCACUACGAAGGAAUCGUAUGCAGCUAAGUCAAGCAUUGGUGCAACGCAGGCUGGAUCUGUGCGAUCGCCCCCCACCAAGCCUCGGGCCGCUGCCACUGCAACUAACCAGGGACUAAAUAAAAACGCUAAGAACAGCCCCAAAGCGACAAAUAAUGGGGCAAAAGCAGUACCAGCUUCAGAGAACGAGCCAGAACAAGACGAAGCCUCGGUAAAGACCGGAAAUCAAGCACAAGCCAAUGUUGAACAGAAUAAUAACAGAAAAGAAGAAGGUGAAGCUCACCAAGCUGAGGAAAAUUAAUUUAUCUCAUAUAGGCAGAUGCACUGUGGCCACAAAAUAGGAUUUGGUAAUGUAGAAUGAAAAGCAACUCAGGUCUCUGUCACAAGAGCGGUUAUCCUAUUUUUGUAGUGUUGGACAUUCUUCUUCGUUGGAUAUUUAGGGGUUUAAUGGAAGAUGGCUUCAGUGCAACCAUUACCUUAUUGCUGAUAAUGCCGGGCUCGAUGCAGAGUCGAGAUUUGUUUGAUUCGAAUUUGGCUGUUUUUGUUUGCGGGCAAAAUCUUCGGGAAGCUUCAAUUGCAAGAGGAUGUGGAGUUAUGGCCUAUAUUAGUAGGUGUUAUAUAUUUUGAGAAAAUUGUCUUUGAUGAAGUUAUUAAAAUGUUUGUUACGUUUAUGAUUUUAUUUCAGAAUGAUAUUUGACUGUUAACUAUUUCUAUACUACCAUAAUCAAAAGGAGUUUUAAGUAAUUUGUUGCGAUAAUGGAAAGUUUUGUUGUGUGGUAUCGUUAGUUGGGCUCGUCUGAGCCUCGUUGUGGAUUCUUCUGGUUGUGUUUGAUCGAGGUAGCAAGAAAAUGGCCGCCUGUUUUUUAUUACUUCAAAGUUGUCAAGGUGGAGAGACUUAAAACAGCGGCUGCAAAGAGUCCAGUUGUGUUAGACACUCGCGCGAGCCCAUUUGUAAAUAGGAGAUUGAGUUGAAUUUAAAAUCAUCAUGAUUGUUGCCCAUUGAACCAAAUUUUUGGCAUGUUUUGGAAUGUCAAAGAGGUUGCCGAGUUCUAAAAUCUAAAAAGGAUGUGGCUGUGGACUGAACAGAAUGUAUCUUUAAAAUGGUUUCAAGCCCUCGUGGACAGACAGCUUUUGGAGUCAUGAUACAUCUAAAAGCCAUUUUGGUAAUGUACACAGAAGAUAGGGGUUCAGUUGUGUAGCAAGAUCAGUCACAGUAAUGACUGAAAAAUAGAUAUCGGUAUUUUGCUUUAGAAAGGCCUCUAGAUAGCUUUGUCUUUUUGUGAUUUUAGCUAUGGAUAGGCACAUAGUCCUGGUAAAUCAUAUGACGGGAGAAACUACGAUCCAUGGGUUGAUUUCAGUAUUGUGACCUUCUAUCCAAAUACUAUAGGGAUCCACCCUUGCUUGCACCCUAUUUAUCAGACGUUCCAUUGAAAAUUUCAGAUUUUCGUUAUUCAGUCCAAAUGUUAAGGUAUAACCGUAAGUCCAAAUCGUAAGGUAUAACCUGCCUUUUGAAGCUUUGAACUCUGGACAGUUUAGUUAGUUGAUAGAAGGGCAUGGGAAAACUGAUGAUAGAAGGACUUGGGCAACUUGUUCUCCCCAUUUGAAGUGAUCUCUAGCGUUAUGCUAGAGGAAAUGUAUUGUUUAGCUAACCUCAUUACAGCCUGUGAUUUCGUCAAGACUCUACAGGCUUGAGGUUUCCUCCAUGAGUUCCAAAUAAGUCUUAUUUCAUGUAGACCACAGUGUGCUGCUUUUUUUCCUCGACAUGUCAGCUAAUUAAAUUUAUUGUAACAUUAUUGUUGUUAUAAUUAUUUAAUGAUGUAGAUAGUGUGACACGCUAUGAUGAUUGGGGAUUUUUAUGUAAUACAUGACGUUCACAGUUGUAGCCUCGUUAACAAUUGCAAUAGCCUUGGUAGCCUCUUACCCUUCGGCUAUAAACACCCACAAUGCUCUUCGCUUUCUAUUUUGUGAAACACUUAUAAAUAACAUCAGCUCAAGUUUCGCGUAGCCUUCAAAUCAUACUCCGCAUUAACCUAAAAACGUAUUGAAACGUUUCAUAAAACGAUUAGAUUCAAAAAUCGAGCCUAAGUAAUUUAACUGUCUCCUCAGUUGCACGAUUAAAGCUACUGCGCUCAACAUUUACCAUUGUAAUUUUUGUUUACAAUUUUUCUAAAAGACACGGAGUUGGUUUUUUAUAUGCAUAUAAAACCAUCUGGUGUAGAGGUCUUUUCCUUUCUGGCUUUUUAAUUAUCAUUUGGCAAUAUAGGGUGUCCUAAUAACAUUGUAUUGUUUAACCAUCAAAUUGUACAGCUUUUCUUUGUGCUCUGUGGCAUAUCGUGCACUGUUGAACCGAGGGCCAAAUUCUGGAAAUUUGUCCUCAUUGACAGAGAAACCGUUAUCCUUUGGUGCAGAAAUUUAGCUAGAGACGUGAUGCCGAAAGGGUGAAACAUUGCACUCAAAUGUAAUAUAUACAUAGCAUUCUUUUGUUUUAGUGGUCAGCUUUCGUUUGGCAAUUUAAUUAGAUAUUCAGAGGUAUCGAUAGAGCAGGCUAGCGAUUACAUACCCUGUUGCCACUGCAUACCCUGCUUUUUGACUAGAUUCUAGCUCUAGAUAAAUUUCUAAAUUUUUGAACUUCCUCAUAAUGAGUGUUAUCUAUAUAUGAUGAAAAAUCGGCUUAAAAAGUUUUGAGAUAUUUUUAGGUUUAGUUUUAUGCAUAAACAUGUUGAUGUUCCAGCCCUUCGGAACUUGAGAUAGUGUUUCUUAUCGAUGGACAUUCCUUAAAAUUCAUUGAGGCGUGACAUCAACAAUUUCCUAGAGGAAACUUGCUUUUUAUCUUAUAGUGCCCUCUAAUGCUUAAGAUAAGGAGCUGCGUAAAUUUAUUUUCUUUAAGUAAUUUAUGUCAACUGACUUUCUGUAGAGCUUAGUUUUUAUGUGCUAAUUUAGUCGCUUGUUUUCAGUUUUGUGUAGUCUGACUGGGCCCUUUAACUUUAUUUAGAAAUGUAUUCCCACCAGCAUAGUCUGUCUGGGCAUUUCGUUAUCAGCAGUUGUCUUUGAUAUUAAACGCUGGCAGUAUAGAAAGAAUUUUUUCCACGACAUGUUUUCGAUAGCCUUGUGUGUUUUACUGAGAACCCCCGGCCUUGCACGGAAAACCUGUUGAAUUUAAACCCUGUUGAAUUUAAACCCUUGAAUAGCUAUUUGUCUUGAGACGGGGCAAGCCUGCCCAUAGGGUUCCUUUCCCAGCUUUUGUGAAUUUCAGUAAUCCAGCAAGACCAACUGAAGUUGCGGCUCACUAGAUGUGCUGUGAAUUACAGUCGUGGGUUUUUAUGAAAUCCACCUUGGUCGUGGACAUAGUUCUGUAAUGACAAUGCUACCAGCAGCAGUUAGCCACUGAAGAGGUGCAAUGCCGUAUUUUAAGUAGAAUGAAGACAUAUGUUUGUUGGGUUGAAUUUGUUCUUAAAUAAAAUUUGAUUCGAGGUUGCUGGGCACAGUGCUCUUCCGAUUUGGCACCAAAAAUAUCAACUUGAAUUUAGAAUGUUGCUCAUCAAUUAACAUGCACUCGGUUCAGGCUGAAAAUUUUACUUUCUUGUGUUAGGCAACCUUGUUACAAGUGAUAAUUUUCUUUUCGCUUUUUUUACUUUGUCCGUUUUUCAGAAAUUUGAUCCCUUUUAUAGCAUUUUCAAAACCAUUGUCUGCGGAUAUUUUAUGCAAUCAGCCUGGCUUGAAUCAGUAAGCUAGAUAGGUAGAUAGUUGGUACAAGUUUUCUCAAUACGGUUUUGCUGCUUCCAAUCUGCAUUGUAUCAUGGUUCAGGAAAAAAGCUCUCUUAAUCGAUCAAAGAUACUAUAGUAUAAAUGCUCUUGAGAUCAAGUAUAUGCCAAAUUUACCACAAGAGUGCUAUCUGCCCAGUUUCCUUGAGAUGAUUGUUCUUGUUUCAAAAUUUCAUUUUCGUUCUCGUAGAUUAGAAUUGUUAACUCUUUAUUUCAAUACGUGCGUCGAUAAAGCUUAAUUUAAUUUUGUCUUUUGAUAUUCUUUGUUGGUAAGUUAUCAAUGUUGCCUACUCAAGAAACAGACCUCUUUUUAUGAAAGUAAUUCUGAUGUUAUCUCCUACAAGCUGGGAGAACAUUAUUGUAUCUUGUAAUAUGCAAUGAAAGCAAACAGUAAACAUUAA